UAUGGUACAAAUUAGAGAUAGGGAGGGGGCAAAAGGAGGACGAAAAAGAAGCACAGAAAGGAACGCAAUUGUGACAACUAAUAGGGAGGGGAAGGUCUGUGUAUAUUAAUGGUGAGACGAGAGACAGGCAGGACACAGUGGAGUGCUCUGUAGUCACGCAGCUGUCAUUUGGUAUACAAACACCCCCCCCCCCCACCCCACCACCCACCUCUCAUAUGAUAUCCUCUGCUUCUUUCUUUCUUUCAGAAAUAUAAUCCAGCAAAUAAGAGCAUAAUUUAAUCCGGCCCUCUCAGUUCUUUUCUUUUCUAUAAUAGUUGUCUACUUUCACCGAAUUAAAGCUGGCUUUUGCGAGGCUGAAUCAAUAAAGGCAAUUCUGCUAGCUAAGCUAAAAGCCUAAAACAGUCGGGGUAUCUAUAUAUCUAUAUUCUGUACUAGCUGGUUAGUUUUUCUCGGUGGAUGAUCGAAUCUGAGGUAUGGCUUAUCAGCAUUACCGGUCGCCGUUCGGCGACACGACGUACACGAAGGUCUUCGUCGGAGGUCUGGCCUGGGAAACUCCGACGGACGUAAUGCGCUCUUAUUUCGACCAGUUCGGCGAGAUUCUGGAGGCCGUUAUCAUCACUGACAAGAAUACCGGCAAAUCCAAGGGCUACGGAUUCGUAACGUUUCGCGAUCCCGAGUCAGCUCGGAGAGCUUGUGAAAACCCUAACCCGGUCAUCGACGGCAGAAAAGCCAACUGCAAUGUUGCUUCCAUGGGUCGUCCUCGCCCUUCUCCCCCACGAGGAAGAAGUCAAGGAGGGAGUCCAUACCAAGGAAAUGUAGUGGCAGGACAAGGAGGUGUACCGUCUUCUUCCUAUAGUGGAGUGGCAGCGGGAUUACCUCCGCCGCCCCCACCACCGCCAGUUAUUUAUCCGCCGUACGGGUACGCUGCCUACCCACCGGACUAUGGUUACCACCAAAGUAUUUACAAUGCGCAGUUUCAGCAAGCACAGUAUUACCCCCAUCAUCAUCAUCAGAUGUAUGGGAGUCCAUCAUCUUCAUCAUCAUCAUCGGGUAUGGGGUCUCCAUUAUACGGCGGGUAUGGUGGAUAUUCAAGCAGGGGAACAUUUCCUGCAGCUACAACUCAACGUUUCCAUGGGGCCCCGCCUUACGUUUAUUACCACCCGACCACUCCCAUUCCUCACCAAAUGGAUGCCUCCGCCGCCGCCGGCACCACCUAUCCUCCCCCCUUUCUCCAACCUGUACCCAGGCGUUCCCUCCCUUCCUCGUCAGGCAGUAAUUGAUUGGCGCCCACCCUCCAUGCAGAACCACAGACUCCUCAGCAAACCUCAGCUGAAACAACCGAAGUUGAGGCUGUUACCUCGGAGAGCCCGAACACAUACAUUAACUGAAAAGGACAUGCAGAGCCAGGGAAGAAGAAGUGGCAUGGAGCUCAACAAGCCAUGGGCAUGCAGCUUGAUGACAGAUUAAUCGUGGGAAAUUUUCCUGAAUAGGAGUUAACAGGUUAUGGAAUUCUUAAAUAAUAUUGUUAUGUUGUUUUUUCGGAAGAAACACAUAAAAGUCCUAUUUUAGAAUUUCAAAACCCGAUUACUCCUAUUUCGGGAACUUUUCCAUUGAACUUUCGAAUGUUCAAUUUGUACAAUACUUAACAAAAUGGAGCCGUCUUUCUUCUUCAUCAUCAUCUGCUCUUUUUUGGGUCGGGGCCAAGCCUCGGAAGCAGGAAUGCAUCAUCUCUGGCUUCUCUUCUCACUCAAAUCUUACCUGUAAUGGCAUGCAUGCCAAAUUCUUUAUCAUCCUUAGAUUUUUAAUUUGCCCCUAUUUUUAUUUUUGAGAAGAAAAUUCUCGGUUCAUUUUUUCUUCUUUGUUAAUCUUCAGUAAACUUCUUUAUUAGUGUAUUAUGAAUUGAAGUACUAUAACACGGAAAUUUAUUGUUACCUUAAUAAACGAAUUAUGUUGCCUUUCAAAUGAUUGCGUACAGCACUGUACAUUUG